UGACAAGAGGAGAGAGCACACAGUUAAAAGGAAAGAAAAAAGGAGGAGAGAAGAAGAAGAAGAAAGGUUCAAUGAAGAAUAGCAAUCUGUAUAUCGAACAAGGUAUCUGAGAAUUUGGAAAUUGCCAAUGGUAAAUCAGACUGCAAUGCCAGCGAAAAGUGACAGCAAACAAGCAGAAGCGCGAAGAGAGAAGGUAGGAAAAAAACAACCGCUGCAAAGAUAAAAAUAAAAGGAAAAGAAAAAAAAUUACCAAGGUAAGAGAAAAAAAAGGGGGCAACAAGGGCCAUUAGAAACAAAAAAAGGGAAAUGCGAAAAAGGCGGCAUCACCAUCAUGGACCAGCCAAUCAACCUGCCCUCGCAGUUCAUUAGCUUGCGCUGCCGCGGUGUCGAGAUCCAAAUAUUCCUUUCUCGGAGCCCCGAAAUCAUGCGAAACGUCCAAUCCUUUAUCCCGCCAGUAUUUCCCUGCUUUCGCCGCCUCUCCAGAAUUACCCCCCGUGAUCCUUUCGAUCGACCCAUGCAAAAACAAAACAAUCAAAUCAAAGCCAAUAAUUAAGAGCAGUAACAGAACAGAUACGAGGACACACGAUCACCUGCCCUGUCUCAGGAGCCGUCAAGGAAAUGACAUGAGAAACCAAGACAAAAAGAGAAAAAGAAAUAAAAAGUAAUAAUUCAAACAGCACAUUCCCAGCAUUAGCCUUACUCCGUUCCGAACCGCACGCGCCACAAUGUUGAAAAU